CGGCGAUGAUGGCGCUACUCGCCGACGUCCUGUCUGAGUCUCUUUAAUAUCUGUCACAUCGCCCGAGCCUCGCAUGAGAAUGGAGGGCAAUCUGUUUCCCGACCAGGAGCAGCUGCUUCAAUUCCUGAAGAAGCUCAAAGAAGUGUUCGACGUGUGCGAUGAGGAUGCGGACGGCUUCAUUCGGGUCGAGCAUUUCAUAGAUCUCGGAUUACAGUUCGGGCAAGGGGAGGACGAGGUGAAGAAGCUGGCCAAGUAUCUGGACCCCAAUGCACAGGGGAGAAUCAACUUCACAGACUUCUGCCACGGGGUCUUUGCCAUCAAAGGAUGUGAGGAGAUCCUAAAGACAGCACUCGGGGCACGAGGCCAUACCCCUCGACCAUACACAACAGACAAUGGCUACUACUACCAGGGCAUGGAGGCGGGGGUGGGUCGGCCGGUUAUCGUGUGUACGCGGCCAUACCCCGAUUGCCAGCUCUACCCGGAGGAGGCGGGGCUGAACAACAGCGCCGCCCUGGAGGCGGACAUGGACAGCGUGGUGGACAGCGCCCCGGGCUCAGACACCUCUGACGGGGGGCGGCCCGACAGCAAGGAGGAAGUUCUUGGAGGCCUCUUCCUGCCUGGAAACGACUCUGGUCAUCUGAUGGCAUCUGACCUAUCAGCACGCUCCUCCGCCUCCCUCAUAUCCAAUGAGGAGCAGUUUGAGGACUACGGAGAGGGCGAGGAUGGGGACUUCACCCCCAGCAGCCCCUGUCCCGACGACGAGACUCGGACCAACGGGUUCUCUGACCUGGGCUCUUCUGUCCCCUCCAGCGCCAGUCAGACCCCCCAGAAGAUGAGGCACCUGUACUGCACCGAGCCCCUGGACGUGUACUGCUCCCAGUGCUGCAAGAAGGUCAACCUGCUCAACGACCUGGAGGCGCGGCUCAAGAACCUCAGAGCCAACAGCCCAAACAGGAAAAUAUCCAGCACAGCCUUUGGAAGGCAACUCUUCCACCACAGCAACUUCAGCAGCUGCAACGGGAGCACGGAGGACCUGUUCAGGGACAGCAUCGACUCCUGCGACGUGGACAUCACCGAGAAGGUGAGUUACCUGGAGAAGAAGGUGACGGAGCUUGAGAAUGACAGCCUGGUGAGCGAAGAUCUGAAGACCAAGCUGAAGCAGGAGAAUAUACAGCUGGUUCACAGGGUUCAUGAGCUAGAGGAGCAGAUUAAGGACCAGGAGCUGAGGGCGGAGCAGAUGCUGGAGGAGGAGCUGAAGAGGCAUCGGGAGGCCUACAGUAAGAUGGAGCGGGACAAGAACACUGAGAUCGAGCUGCUCAGUAAUAGGGUCCAGCAGCUAGAGGAGGAGAAUGGAGAGAUGACGGUGAACGUAUGCAGGCUGAAGUCCCAGACCGAGAGGCUGGAUCAGGAGAAGCAACGCAUGACGGACAAGCUGGAGGACACCAGCCUGCGUCUGAAGGACGAGAUGGAUCUGUACCGGAGGAUGAUGGACAAGCUGUGGCAGAACAGGCACGAGUUCCAGAAAGAAAGGGAGGCCAUGCAGGAGCUGAUCGAGGACCUGCGGAGGGAGCUGGAGCACCUGCAGCUCUUUAAGCUGGAGACGGAGCGGCCGGGACGUGGCCGCAGCGGCCUGUCCGAAUACAACGCCAAGACUCGCGAGAUCGAGCUUGAACACGAGGUCAAGCGGCUCAAGCAGAACUUUACUCCCCAGGAUAUCCCUUCUGAAUUCCAGCACCUGGUGUCCACAGGGGCACGGCCUCUGCCCAGUCUGAUGGAGAACCACAAGCUCCGGGACCAGAACGACGACCUGAACGGGCAGAUCCUCAGCCUCAGCCUGUACGAGGCCAAGAACCUCUUCGCCACUCAGACGAAGGCUCAGUCGCUGGCCGCCGAGAUCGACAACGCCUCCCGAGACGAGCUCAUGGAGGCCCUGAAGGAGCAGGAGGAGAUUAAUUUCCGUCUGAGGCAGUACAUGGACAAGAUCAUCCUGGCCAUCCUUGACCACAACCCCUCCAUCCUGGAGAUCAAGAACUAGGCCCAGCUCUGCACCGGGGGCGCAGGAAGAGGAGCCACGGCGGUUAGACAGCACCCCCUAUAGCUCAGGGGUGUAAACUGCCCCCCUUUGCAGUCCACUUGAACUAAAGUUCAUUCUGUGUUUACAAAAGGAAUUUCAGUACACUGUAGUAAUAUGUGAAUCACAAUG